UGAUCCAACGGGUUGGUGGGUCGUUGUUAGGAGAGAGACAGAGACAGAGAAUGACUACCUACAUAAAAAUGGAAGCUGAUGCAGGUUUUUCUUGUAAUUGUAGUUUUAAAAGUAAUCUUUUGUUUCUGGAGUUUCUUGUAUUAUCAGUUGAAAGUUCAUUUUCUACUUUUAUAUAGAUUUUAAAUAUAAUCAAUGCAGGCCUCAAGAGUUUCUUAUAGUUGUUGCUUUAGAAGUGACUUUUUUUUAUUUAAUGAACUAUUGGCCAAAUUUCCAAAAUUCUGUUGUAUUUAAGGUGUUGCCAAUUUUGUUUUACUUCUAGCUUCAUUGAGAGAGAUAACGGAAUAAUGGGGAAGCAAGGAUCCCCGAGAAGUCCUCGUCCUGAAUUAUCUCUUGGGACAAAAGAUUAUCAGAUUAGAAGUUUGGAAAGUUUGCCAUCCAAUGAUCCUUCCAUUGGAAGGAGAUAUUCUGGAGGAGAUAAUAAUUGGAAGACCAAAGUUGUCUUGCUUGGUGGUUUGAAAAAUGAGUACGGGAAGCUUGGUUCUAAGGGAGUUUAUGUUGGGAAAAGGCAUACAUGGUUUCGUAAACACAUUGGAUCAAUUGCUUUUAUGUUUGCAUUGAUUUGCUUUCUUUUCCUGCUUGAUUCUUUCAUGAUGUCGAUUUUUGAUUCAAUAAAUGUUCAAAAUGGUUCAACUUCGAGCAAAUCAAGUGGUCUUACGUAUGCAAAGGAGGAUAAGACUACUUACUCUAAAGAAGAAAAACCACCCGUCCAGAUGUAUGGUCGGCUCCUGAACUUGGCUUCUAAUGCCCUUGCAGAGAAAGAGUUCAAGCAAGAAAAAUCAAAUUUCUGGGAGGAACAAUAUCAGAAGGCAUCUGUAUGGAAACCUUGUGCAGAUAAAAAGGAUUCAGAAAGUUUAGGGAAACCUGACAAAAGCAAUGGCUAUUUGAUGGUCAGUGCAAAUGGUGGUCUCAAUCAACAAAGAGUCGCUAUAUGCAAUGCUGUUGCCUUGGCAUCUUUGCUUAAUGCAACUCUUGUUCUUCCAAGAUUUCUUUACAGCAAUGUAUGGAAGGAUCCUAGCCAAUUUGGAGAUAUCUACCAAGAGAAGUAUUUUAUGAAGAUCAUGAAGGAUGACGUAAAUAUCAUAAAGGAGCUUCCUUCUCACUUGAAAUCCUUGGAUAUUGAAGCAAUUGGUAGCCUUAUUACUGAUUCUGAUAUUGUGAAGGAGGCAAAGCCUAGUGAUUACCUUCAAAAAGUACUUCCUCUAUUGUUGCGGAAUGGAGUUGUUCACUUUCUUGGAUUUGGAAAUCGACUUGGCUUUGAUCCAAUGCCUUUUCAACUUCAGAGACUAAGGUGCAAAUGUAACUUUCAUGCGUUAAAGUUUGUGCCAAAAAUUCAACAAGUUGGUUCACUGUUGAUCAAAAGAAUAAGGAAGUAUGAUUUUGCACAAAGUAUGUUAGACAAGCAACUGCUUGGAGAUUUCAUGCCUAGCAGUGCCUCGAAGAUGAAUGAUCCAACAAGAAGGCCAUCUAGAUAUCUUGCUUUGCACUUGAGGUUUGAAGUGGACAUGAUUGCCUAUUCCUUAUGUGAAUUUGGAGGAGGAGAAGAUGAGAAAAGAGAACUUAAAGCCUACAGGGAAAGCCAUUUCCCUCUGCUCAUUGAACGGUUGAAGAACUCCAAGCCUAUCUCUCCAUCAGAAUUAAGAAAGUUAGGAAGAUGCCCAUUGACACCAGAAGAAGCUGCCCUUGUUCUCACUGGUCUUGGGUUUAAACGCGGGACUCACAUUUAUCUUGCUGGGUCCCAUAUGCAUGGUGGAGAAUCUAGGAUGUAUCCGUUCACCAGCCUCUACCCUAAUUUAGUCACAAAGGAGACUCUCCUCACAGCCAGUGAACUUGCACCUUUUAGGAAUUUCUCUUCACAGAUGGCAGCAUUGGACUUUAUUGCUUGUGCAACUUCUGAUGUCUUUGCCAUGACUGAUUCUGGGAGUCAACUAUCAUCCCUAGUGUCUGGUUUCCGGACUUACUACGGUGGUGGACAUGCCCCAAACUUGAGGCCUAACAAGAAGAGGCUAGCAGCAAUUUUGUCAGAGAAUAGCACCAUAGGAUGGAAUAGUUUUGAAGAUAGAGUAAGAAAGAUGAUUGAAGAAGGUCAAAGGGUGCGCAUUAGGGGCUUUGGUCGAAGCAUUUAUCGACAACCAAGGUGCCCUGAAUGCAUGUGUAAAUCAUGAUAACAUGUCCAUAAUUAUACACGCCCUUUCAUUGUUUUGAAAUUCAUUUGCAUCAGCAAACAAUGCAGCAUCCUAAUGUUAAUAAUGCUAUUGCUGAUUGGCUGGUAUCAUCAUUCACUUGUUCAAUUGAGUUCAUUGAGUUCAUUCCCUCUCAUUUGUUAUUUCUUCGAUUGAAUAAACUUGUACCACUGUAAUUUAGUCCAAUUUCUGAUGCAAUGAAUAUUUUGAUGUCCAA